GCCAGAUAGAGACAGAGACACAGGAACAAGGACCUUGCUAAAGGAAAAAAAGGGGGAAGAUUCAGCUGGAAGCCAACUCCGCUCCAACACCUUCAUUCCAUGCAUCUCCACCUCCACUUUUCCCUUAACUUGUUAGCUUUCUUCUCUCUCCCUCUCUCUCGCACAGUGUCCAUCGCCUCAUCUCUGAAAUUGCUCCGUAUCCUGCUACUGUUGGGGUUGUGGAGAUUUCUGGGUUCCGGAGUUGGGUAUUCCGAUUUUGAGUUCCAGGUCUGUCGAGGUUUGCCCGAAUCUAGAAAAUAAGUCGAGGUCCGCUGCUUGCGGAGUGUUUCGGAGUUGGCGUGAUGCAAUGCAGCGAUUUGCAGUUUAGUGGGAGCUGAGGUGAUCUGCAGAGGUGGGCUGCUCAUUCGUAGUUGCGAUCGGGAGGUGGGUGGGCGGGCGGGCUCAGACUGCGGUUGAUCUGUGCCUCUGCAAUGAGAAGUGAGUUUGUGAGAGGUGACGUGAGUGUGGCUGGUAAAUUUUGUCGCUGAUGGUGGAAUUCAAGUGGCAGCGUUUGCCCAGGCACCGAAAUCUCAAGGGCAGAGCAGGGCACACCGCCACUCUCGUCGGGAAGAGGAUCUUUGUGCUGGGUGGUCGAUUUGGGAAUGUAUUUUUCAAUGACGCGUGGGUGCUCGACACUGAGACGGAGAAAUGGGAGCAGCUGCAGGAACGUUGUGCUUUCAGCCCGCGAGCUUAUCAUACCGCGACUUUCGUCGGCAACGAGGAGAUUUGGGUCAUCGGCGGGAGUGACAAAGACGUCAUGUAUGGCGACGUGCAUGUGCUCAACACGAAUACGCUUGAGUGGACGAGCCCGUCCACAAAAGGACCCGCGGCUGGCAAAUUGCUCGGCACUCACGCGGCUGUUGUGCAUCCUUUGCAACCGAACACAAUCAUGGUGUAUGGUGGCUAUGGCGGCGAGGAGUCUAAGUGGCUCAACGACCUCGUUGUGCUGCACACUGACACGUUGGAAUGGAAAGUUUUGAAUCCAGGGGGUCCUUCUCCUGCUGCUCGAGGCUACCAUACCAUGACCUGCGUAGGGGCAAACGUGAUUCUUUACGGAGGUAAAGGCGAGCAUGGCAUCAUCGGAUCUGCUCACAAUCUUAGUGUCUACAAUAGUGCUACCAACACUUGGGUAGGUCCUCGAGUUAAAGGAACUCCUCCUGUGCAGCGCUCCAACCACGCCGCUGCUCUGGUCGGGGAGAGUUUAAUCGUGUUUCAUGGUGGUCGGAAUGGAACUGAACGACUGGGGGACAUGUGUGCACUUAAGGUAACUUCGGGCCACGGCAGUCAAAUCCGGUUGACAUGGCACUUUUUUACUCAAGAACCGGUUGUGAUGACUCGAGGCCGUAAACGUUCUGAAGAUGGAGCAGCGGAAGCGCAGUCGAGGAGACCUGGUGGUCGAGCAGCUCACAGCCUGAUUGCUGAAGGCAACGCCACUCUCUACCUUUUCGGUGGGUAUGGUGGCUCCGGCGUGACAUUUGAUGAUGCAUAUGUGCUCCGCAACUUCGCUGAAGCCACCGAGUUCCAGGAGUCCCUGGUGCGGGAACCGUUGAGAAGAAACGAUCGGAGAUUUUCUUUUCCAAUGGAGGAGCCAAGAACGGGACCCAUCGAAGGGUGGCGCAGUGCUAAGAAACCCCGGCGACCAGCUGCAGGAACCCUAGAUUACAAUGUCGAUUCGACCGGUAAGGAGGAGCGCAAUGCUGACCCUGGUGUCGAAGCUCCACCAGUUCGGACAAUCGUGGAGUUGACAGAGACUCCCCCUCUAGAGAAAGAUUUGCGGACAGUCAAGGAACAGGUGAACGAGCUUGUGACCAAAGCCAGAUCAGAUCAGGACUUUCUGAAAGUCAAGGAGCAGGUAAGUCAACUGGUGUCGAAAUCCAGGUUAGAUGGCGCAGAACUGUUGAAUGAGCUGGAUUUGCAUCGGCGAGAGGUUGCAACCUUGCAACAGACAGUGGCUGCAUUGAGCGGUGAAAUUCGAGCCAAGAGUGUCGGAGAGACGGACACACGAGAACGGAAUGCGGUGCUCGAGCAUAACCUUGACGUGCACCGCCAGCAAGUGUCGGUGUUGAAUGAGAAACUAGAACGGUUGACUGCGGAGAACGCAAGCCUGAGGUCAGAGUCCAAGGUAGUGGAGACCGAGAAGAUUGACAGGGCGAGAGAGAGAUCUGAACUGAUGCUGAAAAUCUCAUCUCUGGAGGCGAGGUUGGCAGAUCGAGACAGAGAGCAUAGCAAGACGCUGCAGCUGCUUGGACAUGCCGAGUCAAAGAAUGCUGAGCUCGGUCGUUUGCUCGAUGAAACGAGGAAGGAGAAGAAAGCUGCGACUCUUGAAUGCAGCGAGCUCAAAAUGAAAGCGCAUAAGAUAGAAGUGGAGCUUCGAAACUUAGAACGAACGCGAGAGAAUUUCGACAAAGACAAAGGCGGGUUGCAGAAUCUACUGGCGGAUUCCCAAAUCAAGCUGGAAAGGGUUUCAGGAGAGCUGGUGGCAAUGAAGGAAUCUGCGCGAACUCUUCAUGAGACAGUGGAGCGGCUUGCGAAGCAGCUUGAGAGGGAGAACACUAGGGCGGAUGCCCUAGAACGGGACCGAGAUGAGUUACGACGAGCCAACACUGCCCUUUCCUCAGAGCUUCCCCAGAUCAACUCUGCCCGCGAGAGCGCUGAGGCAGCUGCCGAGCUUGUGCGGUCCGAGCUCCGAACAGCUCGUGUCUUGCUUGAAAGAAGCGAAACGGAGAGCCUAAGGCUGCAAGAAGCAGCUGAAAAUGCACGGCAAGAAAUGGCCUCUCAACAUGCGACGAUGAAGAAGUACGAGGAAGACGCCAGGACUUUCAGGGACGAAUGUGAGCGAUGGAGAAAGCUGGUGAGCGAGAUGGUGGAUUUCGAACAAGCCCAAGCGCGAACUUUGCAAACCCAUGUGGAGAGGAUUCGGAGCGUUCGCUAGUUUUAAACUCCAACCAGUUCAUUCUUUGUAGUUUAGUUGAUUCUCGUCCACUAGGAGGAUUUUAUGAUGAUCGUCAAUGUCGCACACUCUGUAUAGUAAACCCAUGUGCGGUCAUUGAGCGCCUCAUCUUUUCUUGUACCAACAACUUUACUACGUUGUUUUAUGAAGACCCUGAUUGUUGAUGGCCCUACUUCAACCACCUUUGUACAUAGAUUUGAUUCAGAACACGUGAA